CCGCCAUCGACACCACCAACGGUGCGGUCACUCUGCAUCUGAUUUUCUCUGCUCAGCUUAACAAAUGGGUCAAGAUCUGAGCGAAACCGAUUCCCAACACACUUCUACCCCCGCGGCGGCUGACUUGGUUCACACCGCCGCCAAACACGCACUGCAGCAUUUUCGCAGUUUCGCUCACGACUUGCUCGAAACUGUAGACCAACUGCCCGAAAAUACCCGUUGGAAUCUGCUCUGGACCAGUCGCCCGGUCCUGCUCUUCAUGCUCUAUGUUUUCAUCUCUCUGUCUUUUUUUCUCAUCCUCUAGUCAGCAAUACAGUUACCCAUCCACCAAAUGGCCACCAUCCUUCAGUCCGCUGACCGUCUCAUCAACCAGAGUCUCGCCGUGCUCGAUAACAAAUGGGUUAGCGGUUUCUUGCGUCUCUUCCUGUUCCUGUACGGCGGCUUUGCCGCUCCCAAACUCACUGCCAGCGCCACUGUCGUCUUCGAGAACCCCAUCUUCCGCGUCCUUGUCUUCUUCCUGAUCAUCAUCGUGGCCAACAAGGACUUUGCCCUCUCGCUGCUGCUCACCUUUGUCUUCUUCACCAGCACUUGGUACAUUGAGAACAAGCUGAAUGCUUCCGGGUCUACGAGCUCCAGCAUCGGCACUGGCUUGAGCUCGAGCGGCCUCUUCGGCAGUAGCAGCGUCGCACCCAAAUCCAGCUCGGUCGUUGCCCCGACGGCGGUUUCCGUCACAGUGCCUCCCAGAUACACAUCCUUCAGUCAGAACGGUGAUUCAAUCCCCGGCUACGACGAGAACGAUGUGCCGUAUGCUGCGUUCUGAUCACCCAAUGGAAAACCAGGCCCUCACACAACCAUCCACCGCAAUGACCGCACCAGUAGACUGCUGCUUCUUUGAGCUCACCCAUUUCAAGCCAUUCCUCCUCUAUCUUGACGAC